UUGUAAACUUACAAGGAGCAAAGAGGAAAAAACUUACUCAGAGAUUCUAGCCUACUCAGGUGUGGAUUACUAAAAGGAUUAGUCUACUCAGGUGUGAAUUCAAAAUGGGCUGUCCUUUGGAAAACGUCUGCUGUGAUUGGUAGAUGGAAGAACUUAGGGGAGGUGACAUAGGAGAAAACCCCCUAUAUAAGAAAAGGACAGGCUGUUAGAAAGUGAUCUCUGGAGCUCUCAAAGACAGUCUCUAGAGAGACAGGCUCUAAGGAGGUUGUUGAGAGAAGGACAAUCUCUAAGGUCUCCCAAGGGAGGCUGGCUCUGGCUGGAACUCCCUCUGGGGAGACUCUGUCCCCCUGAAUCCUCGCUUGAACAGAUCUUAUGAGCUCUCCCAGGCCCAUAAUACCACUGUCCUGCAGGCCAUGGAGGGCCAGAGCCUGUCUAUCUCCUGCCCUUAUGACCGUGCCAAGUACUGGGGGCAGCUGAAGUCCUGGUGCCGGCACCACGAGCAGGAGGAGCAUUGCCAACAUGUGGUCAGCGCUCGCCGCUCUUGGCUACUAGCCUUCUUAAAGAAGUGGAAUGGGAGCACUGCCAUCAUGGAUGAUGCCCUGGCGGGCAGGCUGACCAUUACCCUUAAAGAUCUCCGUCCGCAGGACACUGGACUCUAUCAGUGCCAGGGCCACCAGGAUGGGGUAGCAGACACCCUGAAGAAGGUAAUGGUGGAGGUGCUAGAGGAUCCCUUUGAACCCCAAAGCUCAGAAGAUUCCUGGAUCCCUGAAGAGACUCAGAUCUUGGAGGAGACCCAGAACCCCGAAGAACCUAAAGUCCAAUCCAGCAUCUCCAGGAGCCUCUCAAAAACUGGACACACUCUCUCCUCCACUGUCUUCAUCUUCUUUGUUGCUGGACUCUUGCUCAUCAAACUCCUGGCUAUAGUGAUCCUCUGGUUUGCAACCUGGCAGAGGAGGCAAAAGAUGAAACCAGAGAGUAGACACAAUAACAUAUACCAGCUCCAACCCCUGUCAGGGCAAGAUGAAGUCUAAAAGAAAAUCCCACUCUUGGGGGCUGGAGGAAAAAGAAAAAGAGCACCCUUGGAUGCCAGUCAACUUUUCCACACAUUCUUCCAGCCUACCACAACCUCCAUACCAAUUUCUGAGUCUCCUGAGGCACCACACACUAGUCUAACUACUAAUAUGUGCAUUCAGUGAUUCCUUUGGGUCAACACAAGGGUUCUGCCUUGGUGGAGAAUACAUAGAUCUGCUGCUUGCUUUGUGAAGCAGAUCUCUCUUCCUUGAGACCCUUUACCACUCCUAGAUACAGCUAAGGGAGAUGAGCAGGGACUUUGAGGCAGAGGCAAACAGAAUCCUAUAUAAUGUGGCAUUAAAGGAAUUUGUUGAUAAAAAUCAGCAUUUUUUUAUGUUUAAAGUUAGAGUAAUCUGGAAUAAGAGUCACGGAGAGGAAGGGAAGUAUUGAGUGGGAAUGCAAGGAGAAGAAUUUCUUGUCCCUUGAGGCCAUGGCUGACAAUUCAGUAAUGCUACCAUUCUCUUUCAACUCCCCAAGCUAGAAACCUGAGAGUCAUCUUUGAUUCCUCCCACCAUGAUCUCCUUUAUUUAAUCAGAUAUGCUGUCAAGUAUAUGUUAGCCAAACUAUAAGAGAUUUAUGUCCACAUGGAUCAUCUAAAUGUAUAGAUUGCAACUUGUAGAUGGAAAAGGAUAGCUAUCUCUCUGGAAUCUGGCACACCCUAUUCCAAGGAAUACUUCAAUUUCCACCUUGAGGGGAACAGGAGAAGGAUAAUGGUUAGACCCUUACUCUUUUUCUCACCUAUGUGUACAAUUAGUAUAGGGCUAGAAGUAUAUCUAUCUACCCUCAAAUGUUGGUCAUCCAGGGGCUACCAGUCUGAUUCAGGAGAAAAGUCAUUUCUCUGGCCAUCAUUUUUUUUUUAUUUAAAAAUAUUCUUUUAAAAAUUUGAAACACCUUUUCCCAAAAAAAUGGAUCAGCAAUACAAAAGGAGGAUUGACUAUGAAACUAUAGAUUUCCAUUUCAUACAUUUUUUUAAGUAGGUAGUAAAUUCCACACAUGACCUUCAAACCUAUCCUGCUUAUUUGUAUUUCUUUCUGAACUUUCUCUGUUCUCUUCUUUGUGUUUUAAAAAAUCUUUCAAUGAUCUUCCCUCUUUUUUUGGUCAGUAUUGUUAGCUUUCUUCUUCCUUCAGUUCCCCGCCAUUCAAAAAACUGGGGAAAAAAAACAAAGAAUCAACUUUAAGAAAAACAAAUUCUCAUGCCCGUGACCAAAAUAUAUAUCUCUUUAUAUACUUUGAGUCCAUCAUCUCUCUGUGAAUAGAUGCAUAAUUUACUUCAUCAUAUUGAGGUCCUUGACUCAUAUCAGUCAUGUCUGACUUUUCGUGACCUUGUUUGGGAUUUUCUUGGCAAAGAUACUGGAUUGAUUUGCCAUUUCCUUCUCCAGCUCAUUUGACACAUGAGGAAACUGAGGCAAACAAGGUGAAGUGACUUGCCCAGGAUCACACAGUUAGGAAGUGUCUAAGGCUGGAUAUAAAUUUAGAAAGUAGAGCCUUCCUGACUCCAGGCCGAGAACUCUAUCCCUUGCUCCCAUGCUUCAUCAUUGAUCCUCUAGAAGCAAUUGUUUUCUGCAUUGAUCUGAAUGUUAAAUUCUGUCAAAGUUUUUUUUUUAAUACAAUAUUGCUAUCCUUAAUAGUGUCAGAGAAACAAAAGGAUAAGAGUGAAUCAUUGUUUUAAAACAAAGAUAUUGCCUAGAAGGUACUUGUCUCAUACUAGCAAAGUGAAGAUAUAAAGACAUGUCAAUAUAACUAUAUUUACAUGUAUAUAGCACAAUCCUGUUUAACUUUAGGAAUUAAUAAAUCCUUUGUUAAUAGUAAAAAGUAAAAACAGUUUCUAUCUUUGUAAAA